GCAUUUAUAUAUUUUCAACUUUUUAUAGUUUGUUUUUUAUAUAUGAAGAUGUCGUCAUAGAACAAUCAAGUGUAAGAGAAACAAUAAACAAAAUGCAAGACAAGGAUUCGCAAUUUUUCAAGGAAGUGCUGGCAAUUUGGCUGAUGGUUGUUACCUAUUUGGCACUUAGGCAUUUUCAUAAAGCGCUCUUCAAGUUUGUGGCCAACAAACUGACAUCAGUAACAACAACAACAGCAACAACAACAAAUGAUAUACCAACAAUGCGUGCAACAAGCAGCAACAACAACACAGAAGCUGUGCCAGACAUGCAGCUAUUCAUACCGCAAGAAAGUCUUCAACUCUUGGCCACCAUCCACAUAGACAUCGACAUCGACAUGGGCAAUGCACAGAACCAGAAUCGCGCCGCUGCCGCUGCGCCCAGCGCGGCACUUCAAAAGUCCGCAUCAAUGGGCGGCAGUCUGAUACGACUGGCAACUGCUGGGAAUGCGCAUGGAGCAGCGACGUCGGGCCAAGGCGAGCGUCGGUCCAGUCGAGCGCGAGUUUUCAGCCGGCUGGUGAGCCAGAAGCGCGUUAGGGAUGUUUUCCUGCAGGCGGCGCCCAGUUCAACGCCAACGUCACCAAUAAUAGAAUGGAGCGCACCGGAAGUGGAGCAUGGACAAUUGAAUGCUAGCACAGAACAAAUGGAUUUUCAACUGAACAAUCGAGAACUGCUGGAGCUGCAACGUCGCUGUCGCGCUGAUAAGAUUGCCUGCCUCAGUCUUAGCAGCACCACCUACCUCAGCAUAGCCAAUGAUCGAGUGCAGCAGCAGCAGCAGACGCAGCCCGAGCUGGAGCCAGCACAGGAGGCCGCAGUUAGUUUGCUAAUAACGCCCGAGAGCUCGCCGGACGAGCGAAUGGCUUUGCAGCUGGGCAAGAAGCUGGCCCAAGUGUUGGGCAGCUCGGGCACAGCAGCAAUGGAAUCUCCCACUCCAGUGGGUGCUGCUGCUGGACGCGUUGAUUCCCCACUCAAUGGCAAUGCUGGCGAGCUGUUCAACAUAUCGAAGGCCAAGAAGGUGGAGCUGCAGAAUCUAUCGUCGCGUUUCAGUGCGGCUGUUAGUCAAACAACGCCCAUGCCAAUGGCCAUAGCAGAGUCAACAACAAUAACUGGAGCAGGAGCAGGAGGAGCUACAGCAUCAGCAUCAGCAGCAGUCGUAGGAACGCCGUCGUCAUCGCUGGAAACGCAAUCAACUGUUAUAAUUUCGUUUAAAUCAUCUCAAACACCUGUGCAGUCUCAAACAACAGCGACGCCAACGACGGCAACUGACAAUGCUGCUGCUGCUGCUGAUGGUGGCGGCGGCGGGGAGGAGCAGCAGCUGUGCAUGGAGGAUUCACUGCUGCCACCGCCGCCUGGCUUUAGUACACCCACAAAUCCGUUGCUGUCGAGCAAUGUGCUCAAGAAGGUGGCCAGCUUCUCAGUCGAUAGAUCAGCGUCGUCGGCGUCGGCAGCGCAGUCGCCGGCCACUGUCGAGGAACGUGAAGCGACGCUAACAGCCACGCCUACAACAACUGCCCUAGCCAUGCUGGCAGAGCAGCAGCAGCAGCAGUCGUCGUUAGCUUCAACUUCAGCUUCAAUUGGUGCUGGCUCGGGCCUGCGUCGCGGCUCAUCUUUUGUACCGGAAAAGUUAAGCUUCGCUGCAUAUGAAAAGUUUGAAGGUCAAAUGCUGAUCAAAUGGUUAAUAUCGACGCUGCAGUGCAGCAGCCUGAGCGCUGGACAGGAUUUGCUCAACUCAUUGGCGCUGCAGUUUUGCAAUAAUCUCAAAUACGUGGGCGUGCUCAAACAGAUCUGCAAUGAGCAGCAGCAGGAUGCAGCCGCCGGAUUUAGUCCCUAUGAGAUGUACCAAUGGACACACACGGAGCAGCCGACAACAUCGCUGCCGCUUACGCCUGGCAAGCUGGACAAGGUGGCCGCCUGGCCCUUCUCCAGCACUCCGGCUGUGGCCAGAACGAGCGAUGUGGCCGAUAGCCAAAAGAGCUUGCAACAAAUGCUGCGCAAGCGUUUGCUUAACUGCGCCACGCUGGCCGAGGUGCAUGCUGUGGUCAAUGAGCUGCUCAGCAGCGUGGGUGAGCCACCCAGGCGUCCGUCCAAGCGCUGCGUCAACUUCAAUGAGCUCAUCAAUGCCAGCGAGGCAACCAUCUAUGAGUACAACAAGCCGGCGGAGAGUCGCAGCUUUGCUGAUGCCAGCUGCCAAACGGAUGCAGCUACUCCACAAGCUGAAAGUGCGUUGCCUAAAGCGCCGCUACUCUGUCCGGGAGCACCGCCGCCGCCGCCUCCGCCGCCACCACCACCGCCUUCAGCAAUGGCUGCUCCUACGCCGCCGCCACCGCCUGCACCACCUGCACCGCCACCACCCGUGCCGCCUGCUCCGCCUGGCAUGUCCACUAAUUUGCCGCCACCGCCGCCGCCGCCAGUGGCCAGUGGCACGCCCUUGCCUGUGCCGCUGCCUGAUCCCGCUGACGGCAAUUGGUUCCUUCGCACCAGCACACAUCGCAAGAGCGCUGUUAAUCCGCCCAAGCCCAUGCGUCCGCUCUAUUGGACGCGCAUUGUUACCAAUGCGCCACCAGUGCCGCGUCCGCCUUCGGUGGCCAACUCGACGGACAGCACAGACAAUGGCGGCAGCUCGCCGGAGGAGACGCCAGCGCUAACGGCGCCAGCAACGCCCACGCCGGCGCCCACUAAAGAGAUAUGGACUGAGAUUGAUGAGACGCCACUGGACAAUAUUGAUGAGUUCACCGAGCUCUUCUCGCGCCAGGCCAUUGCGCCUGUGGCCAAGCCCAAGGAGCUGCGGGCAAAGCGUGACAAGUCCAUCAAGGUGCUGGAUGCCAAGCGCUCGCGCAACGUGGGCAUCUUCUCCAGAAGUCUGCAUAUGCCGUCCAGCGAGAUAGAGCAUGCCAUCUAUCAGAUCGACACCUCGGUCAUUAGCCUGGAGACGCUGCAGCAGAUCAGCUUGAUACGCGCCACGGACGAGGAGCUGGCGCGCAUCAAGGAGGCCGAUGGCGGCGAGCUGCCAUUGGAUCAUCCGGAGCAGUUCCUGCGCGACAUAGCGCUCAUAUCGAUGGCCAGCGAACGCAUCUCCUGCAUUGUCUUCCAAGCCGAGUUCGAGGAGGCGCUAACGCUGCUGGUUCGCAAGCUGGAGACGGUGACGCAGUUGUCCCAACAGCUGAUGGAGAGCGAGGAUCUCAAGCUGGUCUUUUCGAUUAUAUUAACGCUGGGCAACUAUAUGAACGGUGGCAAUCGGCAGCGCGGUCAGGCCGAUGGCUUCAAUCUGGACAUACUGGGCAAGCUGAAGGAUGUCAAGUCCAAGGAAUCGCAAACAACGUUGCUGCACUUUAUAGUGCGCACCUACAUUGCCCAGCGACGCAAGGAGGGCGUGCAUCCCAUAGAGAUGCGUUUUCCCAUACCAGAGCCCGCGGAUGUGGAGCGUGCCGCCCAGCUGGACUUUGAUGAGGUGCAGCUGCAGAUCAAGGAGCUAAACAAAAAGCUUAUGGCCUGCAAGCAAACCACAGCUGUGGUGCUUAGAGCUUCCAGUGAACACCAGGAGCCCUUCAAGUCCAAAAUGGAGGAGUUCACUGCCAGCGCAGACACUUCCGUAGCCAAGCUGCAUCAGCUGCUGGACGAGUGCCGUGAUCUCUUUCUGGAAACCAUGCGUUUCUAUCAUUUCUCAGCCAAAGGCUGCACUCUGACCUUGGCCCAGUGCACGCCCGAUCAGUUCUUUGGCUACUGGACUAAUUUUACCAACGAUUUCAAAGAUAUUUGGAAAAAGGAAAUUUCCAAUUUGCUUAAUGAAUUAUUGAAAAAGUCAAAGAAGGCUCAAGCCCAGGUGACAGCACGUCGCAGUGUUCCUGCCAAUGUGCAACCCAAUCGGAUUUCGCUCAAGGAGCGCAUGCUGCUGCGACGCAGCAAAAACUAGUUGUUAGUCCAAAUUAGAUGUAUUUUGUGCUUUAAGCUUAGCAAUAAAACUUUACAUUACACUGAAUUAAA